UGAUAUCGUAUGGGAUGAGUCAUUUCAUGUGUCUUUUGCAGAACAUGCCCAAUGUGAGGGACCAUGAUGCAUCAGUGUAUCUACGUCUCCAAGGCGACGCCCUCUCCGUGGGCGGUUACGAACACAACCCCAUCUUCUGGGACCAGGUUUCUGAUAAAUUUGCCUUCAGCCUGUUCGACUUGGACUGGGACGUUUUCACGCAACACAUCGAAGGCGCCAUCAACAGAGUUCCGGCUCUAGAGCAGACCGGGAUCAAAUCCACGGUCUGUGGACCAGAAUCCUUCACAGCGGACCACAAGCCGCUGAUGGGAGAGACUCCUGAGGUCCGAGGGUUCUUCUUGGGAUGUGGCUUCAACAGUGCUGGUAUGAUGCUGGGCGGGGGUUGCGGUCGAGAACUGGCUCACUGGAUCAUCCAUGGACGUCCUGAGAAGGACAUGUAUGGAUACGACAUCAGGCGCUUCCACAACUCUCUGACAGACAACCAGCGUUGGAUCCGAGAGCGAAGCCAUGAGUCCUACGCCAAGAACUACUCUGUGGUUUUCCCCUUUGAUGAACCGCUGGCCAGCAGGAACAUGAGAAAAGAUCCUUUUCACCAGGUGCUGAUGGAGCAGGGCUGCGUCUUCCAGGAGAGACACGGCUGGGAGAGACCUGGCUGGUUCACCAGGGAUGGACCUGCUCAGGUGAAGGACUACGACUAUUACGGUGCGUACGAGGUCAAGAAGAACGAGGAGUACAAGUACAAGGAUCUGCUGGGCAAAGAGUACACCUUUGACUUCCCUCCUCAUCAUGACCUUAUUAAGAGUGAGUGCCUGUCGUGCAGACACGCUGUGGCCGUCUUCGACAUGUCCUACUUUGGAAAGUUCUAUCUCACCGGCCCAGACGCCAAGAAGGCGUCCGACUGGCUCUUUACUGCCGACGUCAACAAGAAGCCUGGCUCCACGGUGUACACCUGCAUGCUGAAUAAAGGUGGAGGCACAGAAGCUGACCUGACCGUCAGCAGACUGGAGGCAGGAGAUGCCAACCUUCCACUGGCACCCGAGUCUACUGGUGACGCCUACUACCUGGCCAUCGGAGGGGGCGUGGCGGAACACAACUGGAACCACAUCCAAGGUGUUCUCCAGGACCAGGGCUUCCGCUGCCAGCUGACAGACCACUCAGAGAACAUGGGCAUGCUCAGUAUCCAGGGGCCCAAGAGACUGCGAUGUCAAUGGUCAGAUCAAAAGCUUCCUCCAAAGUCUCGAUACUGCAAGAACUUAAUCGCCAUGAGCAUGAAACCGCAAAGGGUCCGCCGGGGCCCCCAGGUCCACCUGGUCCAAAGGUAA